GAAUGCAGAUUUCAGGGAAAUUCAGAGUCAGCUGCCAUCAUGUGGAAUAUGGAAGAACUUUGGAUGUCAGAAAACUUUGCCAGAUAAGACGUUUAGUCCAAGAUAUGAUCGGGUGCAAACCAAAAACCAAUACCAUAACUGUAUGGAAAGCACUGAUGGGUUUGUACAGAAAACUGAACUUGAAAUGCAUCUGAAAACUCAUAAAGAAGAAAACCCAAGCAAAUGGGUUAAUUCCAGCAGCACAUUAACCCUUCAUAGUUGCUUUUUGAAUCCUAGGGAGAAAAAUCAAAAGAAUGUGUUGGAAACAGAUGAACCUAUUUGCAGCAGCAAAAGGCUAAAUAAAUGCAUUGCACUUGUUAACCCUAGAAAAGAUGACCCUCACAUACCUGCUACAUGUUUCACAAAGAAGGCAGAUUUGGUAAACCAUCAGUAUGUCAAGAAUGAAGACAAAAAAGUAAUGCAUCAUAGCAUCCACACCGGACAGCGACCCUAUAAGUGCACUACAUGCAAUACGAGGUUUACACAAAAACGUUCUAUGUUAAGGCAUCAGAACAUCCAUACUGGGAAGAAACCCUUUAAAUGCACCAUCUGUGACAAGAGGUUUAUAUAUAAGUAUUGCAUGUUAAGGCAUCAGAGCAUCCAUAUACUGAAGAAACCUUAUAAAUGCUCUACAUGUGGCAAGGAAUUUAGACAUAAGAGUAGCAUGAGGCACCAUCAGUACGUCCAUUCUGAGCACAAACCGUAUAAAUGCACCAUAUGUGACAAGAGGUUCAUAUACAAGCAUUCUAUGUUAAGGCAUCAGAGCAUCCAUAUGGCAAAGAAACCUUAUAAAUGCCCUACAUGUGGCAAGGAAUUUAGACAUAAGAGUAGCAUGAGGCAACAUCAGUAUGUCCAUUCUGAGCACAAACCGCAUAAAUGCACCAUCUGUGACAAGAGUUUUGUAUCAAAGAAUAAAAUGGUAAUACAUCAGAGCAUCCACACUGGACAGCAACCCUAUAAGUGCACUAUGUGCGAUAAGAGGUUUACAGAGAAGGGUGCAAUGACAGUGCAUCAAAGCAUCCAUACUGGGGAAAAACCAUUUAAAUGUACCACAUGUGGCAAGGGUUUUACACAGAAAGGUAACAUGCAGCAACAUCAACUUAUCCACAGUGGACAGAGACCCUAUAAGUGCACAAUGUGCGAUAAGAGGUUUUCACAGAAGCCUUCUAUGUUAAGGCAUCAGAGCAUCCAUACUGGGAAGAAACCCUUCAAAUGCACGAUCUGUGACAAGAUGUUUAUAUACAAGUAUUGCAUGUUAAAGCAUCAGAGCAUCCAUAUGCAGAAGAAACCUUAUAAAUGCCCUACAUGUGACAAGGAAUUUAGACAUAAGAAUAGCAUGAGGCACCAUCAGUAUGUUCAUUCUGAGCACAAACCGCAUAAAUGCACCAUAUGUGACAAGAGGUUCAUAUACAAGCAUUCUAUGUUAAGGCAUCAGAGCAUCCAUAUACUGAAGAAACCUUAUAAAUGCCCUACAUGUGGCAAGGAAUUUCGACAUAAGAGUAGCAUGAGGGAGCAUCAGUAUGUCCAUUCUGAGCACAAACCGCAUAAAUGCGGCAUAUGUGACAAGAGUUUUGUAUCAAAGAAUAAAAUGGUAAUACAUCAGAGCAUCCACACUGGACAGCAACCCUAUAAGUGCACUGUGUGUGAUAAGAAGUUUACACAGAAGAGUUCUAUGGAAAUGCAUCAAAACAUCCAUUCUGGGAAGAAACCCUUCAAAUGCACCAUCUGUGACAAGAGGUUUAUAUAUAAGAAGUCUAUAUUAAGGCAUGAGAGCAUCCAUAUGCUGAAGAAACCUUAUAAAUGCCCUACAUGUGGCAAGGAAUUUAGACAUAAGAAUAGCUUGAGGGACCAUCAGUAUGUUCAUUCUGAGCACAAACCGCAUAAAUGCGCCAUCUGUGACAAGAGUUUUGUAUCAAAGAAUAAAAUGGUAAUACAUCAGAGCAUCCACACUGGACAGCAACCCUUUAAGUGCACUAUGUGCGAUAAGAGGUUUACAGAGACACGUGCUAUGCUAGCGCAUCAAACCAUCCAUACUGGGGAGAAACCCUUUAAAUGUACCACAUGUGGCAAGGGUUUUACACGGAAACGUAACAUGCACCAACAUCAAUUUAUCCACAGUGGGCAGAAACCCUAUAAGUGCACUAUGUGUGAUAAGAGGUUUACAUGGAAGUGUUCUAUGGUAAAGCAUCAAAACAUCCAUACUGGGGAUUUUUUCACAAAAUCUCACCAAGGUGAUACUGAUAUAUAGACUGUAUUUGUAUAGCAUAUAUCAUGGACAGAA